AUGAAACUGAAUCCCACUAAAUGUUCUUUUGGUGUGACUGCAGGAAAGUUCCUUGGGUACCUAGUAACCCAAAGGGGAAUCGAGGCAAAUCCAGCACAGAUAGAGUCAAUCCAAAGGAUUCCUUCCCCAACGUGCAUAAAAGAGGUACAGAAAUUAACUGGACGCAUUGUAGCACUCAGCCGAUUCAUCUCAAAGUCUUCAGAACGAUGUCACCUCUUCUUCAACACACUAAGGAAAUCAAAAACCUUCGAGUGGACAGCUGAAUGUGAAGAGGCACUGGGCCAGCUAAAACAGUACCUGACCAGCCCGCCUCUCCUCUCAAAGCCAAAAGACAAUGAGACAUUAUUCAUCUAUCUAGCAGUAUCCGAGACCGCAGUUAGCGCAAUCCUAGUCCGGGAAGAGGAAGGCAAGCAGUCUCCAGUCUACUAUGUAAGCAAAGCUUUGCUUAAUGCAGAAACCCGAUAUAGCCAGCUGGAGAAGCUUGCACUAGCACUCAUCCACGCAGCAAGGAAGCUACGCCCAUACUUCCAGUGCCAUCCAAUAACGGUCUUGACCACCUUUCCACUCAAAACAAUCCUCCACAAACCAGAAUUUUCAGGCAGACUGACCAAGUGGGCGGUAGAGCUCAGCGAGUACGAAGUAACAUACAAGCCACGAACUUCCCUCAAAUCUCAGGUAUUAGCUGAUUUCAUUGCAGAUUUUACACCUAACAUGCAUGUGCAGGCAGAAAAAGAACUUUGUUGUCUGACCGAGGGACAGCCAGUCGGAAUCUGGAAGUUGCAAGUAGACGGCUCAAGUAACACCAGAGGAAGUGGACUCGGACUCGUCCUGACUUCACCCCAAGGUGACGUAAUCGAACAAGCAGUCCGAUGCAGGUUCAAAGCUACCAACAAUGAAGCUGAAUACGAAGCAAUGAUAGCUCGACUCGGACUAGCCAAAGACAUGGGAGUAAAAAAGAUCGUGGUCUUCAGUGAUUCUCAAUUGGUAGUCAACCAAAUGCAAGUACCAAGAGGGGAGAACAGUCAUGCAGAUGCAUUGGCAAACCUUGGAUCCUCCAUCCAGACAAUCGACCCCAAGACAAUACCUGUGGUAUAUCUCCAUUGGCCAGCUGUCUGGAAAGACGAAGAAGAGCAAGUUAGUGAUAUCUCCAACAACCGAACAUGGAUGACUCCAAUAGUCGAGUACUUGGAACAGGACAUACUUCCCGAAGAUAAGAACAAAGCACGUCGGGUCAAGGCUCAGUCAGCCCGCUUCACUAUUAUACGAGGUAAGCUCUAUAAACGUUCCUUUUCUGGUCCAUAUUUGAAAUGCAUUAACCCUGUAGAGGCCAAAUACGUACUGGCUGAGUUGCAUGAAGGAGAGUGCGGCAACCACUUUGGAGGGCGAAGCUUAGCGCAUCGUGCCCUAACACAAGGCUACUACUGGCCAACUAUGCGAGCUGAUUCGUCUGACUAUGCAAGACGAUGCGACAAAUGGCAACGGUUUGCUCAAAUAUCCCACCAACCUCCGGAGCGUCUCAUCUCAAUCACAUCCCCUUGGCCAUUCAUGAAAUGGGGGAUGGAUAUAGUAGGCAAGCUUCCAACCGCACCAGGAUAG